UCAUGUGAGCUUUCUAUAGCACAAAAAACAAUGAGAAGAUUAGAUAACCAAUUGUUUUAACUUUUAGUUCAGUUUUUACAAAUAACAGACUGCAUCUAAUUAACGUAUACGCAUGUUCAAAAAUGAUAAAUAAAUACUUGGGGGAAAAUAAAAUAUUUCCUAGACAAAGUGAACCAGCGCAAGAAAAUAGUGUGCAAUGGUAUUAUAUAGUUCCGUCUGUAUCUCUCGCCGUUGUACUUCUAGUUGUUGUAGUCUUGGUUGUACGGAAGUGUAUCGGUUCGAGAAAUCUUAGAAAAGUGAACACCAAGUUUACAGCGUCAAAUACAGAUCCAAACUCCCCAGAAUACAUUUAUCGGCAUGUUUACCAGAACCAUAAGAACCCCAUAUAUUUAGUGCCAUACAGCGCAUUACCUGAAAAUUUUGAUUUUUCCCGCUCAGACAUUACAGUGAGAGGGGAUUACAUCAUUUUGAAGGAUUUGCAUGUUCUGGAACAACCAGUGAUACGUCCCCCUUCAACACCAACUACUCCAGUAUCAGCCUCGUUCCCCCAGAUACACUUUGAGGGAUACCAGAGGCAGCCGCCAUAUAACCCAAAUGUAUAUUAAUAUUUUAUAUUGUUAUUUUGUAGAUACUCACAAAACCGCAAAAACUAUUUUAUAAGUUUUUAUAAUGAUAUUUUGAAUAUUAGUAAGUAAUUUUUAAUCGUUUAUAUUAUAACAAUAUUUAUUUUAAUGUUAAGGAAAUGUUCCCCAAUCAAGGAUAUGAGAAAUAUACUCGAUACACAAACAAA